CACACCGUUCUGCACAUCUUGUGGAUUCUCCUCUAUCAUGCAGGUGUACAUAGCUGAGACAGACUUAUCAGAAAAUACAAAAGAGUGGAAGUUGGUUUCACUGUAUGCACUGACAAGGAAGUAUAUUUGUUUGUUUUUUCAACAUACAUCCACUGGACUCCAAAAGCUGGCUGAGGAAGUAUACAGUGAGGAGUCAUCUUUUGGGGGACGUCUAUUUUAGGAUGCAUGUUCCUCACAUUUUCCCUGGCCACCUUUUCCCUGGGAUGUAGUGAGGAUUGAUGGUUCAUACAGGCUUUUCCCCUAAACAUCUGCUGACUCUGGAAACCUGGCAUCAUGCCAGUGAUGAAGGGGCUGCUGGCACCCCAGAACACCUUCCUGGACACCAUCGCCACUCGUUUCGAUGGCACUCACAGCAACUUCCUCCUUGGGAAUGCUCAGGGUAACCGUGGCUAUCCCAUUGUGUACUGUUCCGAUGGAUUCUGUGAGUUGACGGGGUUCGGACGAACAGAGGUGAUGCAGAAGAACUGCAGCUGUCAUUUCCUAUAUGGCUCAGGCACGAGUGAGCAGGUUACUCAGGGUGUGGAGAAAGCACUGGAGAGCAAGGAAGAGUACCAGGCUGAGGUGCAGUUCUACAAGAAGAACGGAAGUUCAUUCUGGUGUCUGUUGGACACCGUGCCCAUUAAGAAUGAAAAGGGGGAGAUGGUGCUUUUUCUGUUUUCAUUCAAGGAUAUCACAGAAGCAAAAGACAAGAGUCAACACAGCAGCAGAACUGAUGGUACUCCAUACAAAAGGACCACCGGAAAUUCUCAUUUCAGUAAAGCCAGAAGGAGGGGUCAUACCAUGAUUUACCAGCUAACCAGCCAGUUUACCCGUGACAGCAAAAAUGAUGUCAGCUUAAGCCGAGUGAAUAUUAAAAGAGAACGCAUCUCUGAAUUUUUUUGCUCUCAUUCCUUAAUCUAUGCCUCUCUCCCUCAGGACAUGUUUGAAAAACCAUCCCUGCCUGAGUACAAAGUGGCAGCAGUCCAGAAGUCUCGAUUCAUCCUGCUGCAUUAUAGUGUGUCCAAGGCGUUGUGGGAUUGGAUGAUUCUACUGGCUACAUUCUAUGUUGCUGUGACCGUGCCGUACAAUGUGUGUUUCACAGCGUACAGUGAUCUGGAGACUGCAGGCAGGAGCACGAUAGUUAGCGACAUCGCAGUGGAAAUGCUUUUUAUUCUGGACAUCAUUCUUAACUUUCGCACCACCUACGUGAGUCAAUCAGGGCAGGUGGUGUAUGAGCCUCGCUCCAUCUGUCUGCAUUAUGCUACCACGUGGUUCUUCGUGGAUCUGGUGGCUGCUCUGCCCUUUGACCUGCUCUAUGCAUUUAACAUUACUGUUACGUCUCUAGUGCACCUGCUGAAAACUGUGCGAUUGUUGCGUCUGUUAAGACUGCUGCAGAAGUUGGACAGAUACUCACAGUACAGCGCCAUGGUACUAACGCUGCUCAUGUCGAUGUUCGCUCUGCUGGCUCACUGGAUGGCCUGCAUCUGGUACAUCAUUGGACGCAAAGAGAUGGAGACCAAUGCCAAUGGAGCCUGGGACAUAGGCUGGCUACAUGAGCUGGGCAGGCGUUUGGACAAGCCCUAUUUCAACAGUACAGUUGGUGGUCCUUCGGUUCGCAGUGCCUACAUCGCCUCUCUGUAUUUCACCUUGAGCAGUCUGACCAGUGUGGGCUUCGGCAACGUUUGUGCCAACACUGAUGCUGAGAAGAUUUUCUCUGUUUGUACUAUGCUCAUUGGGGCUCUCAUGCAUGCUGUGGUGUUUGGGAAUGUAACAGCCAUCAUCCAGCGCAUGUACUCACGUCGCUCACUAUAUCACACGCGCAUGAAAGAUCUGAAGGACUUCAUUCGUGUUCACCGGCUGCCACAGCAGCUAAAACAACGCAUGCUGGAAUAUUUCCAGACCACCUGGUCUGUGAAUAAUGGCAUUGAUGUCAAUGAGCUCUUGCAUGAUUUUCCUGAUGAGUUGCGUGCUGAUAUUGCCAUGCACUUAAACAAAGACAUCCUGCAGCUGCCUGUGUUUGAUGGUGCUAGUAGGGGCUGCCUGCGCUCGCUCUCCCUCCAUAUCAAAACCACUUUCUGUACACCGGGGGAAUAUCUCAUCAGACAGGGGGACGCGUUGCAGGCCAACUACUUUGUCUGUUCUGGGUCACUGGAGGUUCUAAAGGACAACAUGGUCUUGGCUAUUCUGGGAAAAGGAGAUCUGAUUGGCUCAGACCUGCCUGGCCAGAAUCAUGUGAUCAAGACGAAUGCAGAUGUAAAGGCACUGACAUAUUGUGACCUGCAGUACAUCAGUAUGAAAGGUUUAAGUGAUGUUCUUGAACUAUAUACCGAGUAUGCCAGCAUCUUUACUACUGACAUCCACCAAAACCUCACAUACAAUCUGAGAGAGGGCAGUGAGACUGAGAACUACCCAGACUCCAGUGCAACAACUGAGAAUAAGUGUCCAUCCUUUGUAGAAAAGGCUGAUGAUCCAGACAAGUACUUCCAUGUCCCACCUGCUUCCAAUACAUGCCGAAAUCUUCUUCUGCCCAAUCUAAGCAGCCCAGUACGACGUACAUCACUGGGGAAUCUUUUAGGGGAAGAGUUACUGCAGUUCAACACCCUGCGACGGUGUCGUUCACCUGUCAGGGGCUGGAGUCCAAACCCUUCCCCCAAACAUCAGACCAAAGUACAGAAACAAACCCAUCCUCCCUCAUCUACACCCAAAUCCACCCAUAGGACACAGACAGAUUCUGGAGGUACAGGACGCAAACCUGCCAAACUGCUCAUCCCCACUCUCAACUGCUUUGGACCACCAGAUCUUAGUCCAAGAGUUGUAGAUGGAAUUGAGGACAACGGACAUGUGUUUCGUUUUAAUGUGGAGGACACCACGGCCAAAACUAGUACAGUGACAUCACUGGGUAAUAAGACACUGGACGGGUCUGGUCAGGUGAAUGCGUCACUGCUUCAGGAUACAAAGGAAGUGAAAGAGACCAUUGACCAACUCAACAAGAAGAUGGGCAACCUGAAACAGGAAGUGUCAAUUCUAACAAAGGAUCUGCAUCACAUAAUGCACCUACUGCAAGCACAGAUAGCAGUUCGCCAUUACACAGCACCUUUGUCCUCCUGUCCCUAUGGAGUCCACAUGAUGUCCAGUUCUUCUAUCAGUAUGUCUCCAGCGUAUAUCUUGGGUUCCAGCAUCCACAUGCAGCACAAAGACCAUGUUGUCCCUGAGGGUCUCCUGGCAUCCACAUCUUGGAGUCACAGCCGACCUGGUGGAUCUGGUUUCUCUCAGCACACUGAGAAACAGGGACACUUUCACCAGCAUGAGCCUAAACAACCCUCUCCUGUCACAGCAAAUGAGCCCUGUUCCCAUGACUGGAGUUCUUUGUACACCUCAAUUCCCUCCAAUAUCAGCCACCAUCACUUAUCUACUGGCUCCUCUCUCCUUAGCAUCAGCCCAGGAACCCAGGGGCCAACACCUGGAGAAAGCCCCCGAGCAGAGGGCUUAUCACUGGGCAUUUGUGCCGGAGAUAGAGCCCAUGCCAGUAUCAGCCAGUCACACCCUGUUUUGCAUACAUUAAUUCCUCAAACAUUGGGCAGUUCAUCUUUUUCUUGCAAGGUCACGCCAAGCUCGUAUUCACACCUACACCUUUCCACAGAACCAGCAUUUCCCUACCCCAGUCCAACCGAGGAUGAAGAGCACAGGACUCCAGAGGUGGCCCUCAAUCAGAAUGUGGUACCUUCCACUUUCCUACAAGAUAAUUCUCCACCCUCUCCAAAGGAAUCGAUUGUAGUUCACUCAUCUCUUGAGGAAUCAUCUGAAGUAGAGCACACCAGUCGGGAGAGCCUACUGGGUAAUCAAAGGCUGGGCCAAGAUAGUGAGACAUGAGAGAGAAGUUCUAGCGGGUCCUGUGUAGGAAUUUGUAGCCAAUCUGAGAGCUCAGAGACCACA